AUGUUUGAAACCUUAGGAGAAUAUGGCUCUGGGAAGGGGAUCAUGAGAGCGAGCAGGGCUCUGUAUGAAGGACCAUCGGUAAAUGUGAGAACCCAAAAUAUAACUUCUGAUUAUUUUAAAAUUCAUAAUGGCACACAGCAGGGUUGCCCUUUAUCACCCCUUCUGUAUAUAAUAGCCUUGGAAGCACUUACAAUCAAAAUUAGAACACAUUAAAAGAGUAAAGGGUUCCAAACAAUGAAUAGCACUAGCAAAAUAAAUAUGUAUGCGGACGAUGUCCUAUUGACUCUAGAAGAACCAUUAAUGUCUUUAGAAGCUCUAGUUUAAGAGCUAGAUAGUUAUUCUAAAAAAUAAUAUUUUUUUUUUUUAAAUCCACUUUUCAACUUUAAAACUGUGAAAAAACUAUUGGAGAAAAUUGUAAAACCAAAUAUGGAUUAAUAUGGACCCAGGAACAUAUAAUGUAUUUAGGUAUUAAAAUUACAUUGCUUCUUAAAGAUUUAAUAGGACGUCACCUACCCCUGUUAAGACAUAUAAACAAACAUUUACUUAAAUUGAGAAAAUGUAACUGGUGGGGAAGAAUAAAUAUACUUUGGGCAUACAUUCUGCUGAAAUGGAUAUAUAGCUUAAGACUUAUCUCAAUAUCUUAUUGAAAUACCCUGAAAACUGGCACAAGAUAUUUAACACUAUUUUCUUAAAUUUGUUUGGAUGAGAGAAAACAAACGUAUUAAAUGGAAGACUUUAGCUCUUAAUAUAAAGCAUGCAGGAACAGUCAUGACAUUUUCAAAUAUUACAAGGUAAGCAGGCUUAAACAUGCCUUAAAAACACAGAAAGAAAUAGAAAAAAAAAAGAAAAAUAAUAUCAGAUCGAACAGGAUCUCACUAAAUCAGAUGUAUCUUUUCUAUUCUAGCAACAAAAGACCUCCAGCGAAUAUAUAUAUAUAUAUAUAUAUAUAUAUAUAUAUAUAUAGAAGGCGUAUGCCUGUAAUUGUGGGAGGGAUUUAGGCCUAUUUAAGCCCAGGGAACCCUCACUUACCUGUCUUCGUCGGUUCCGGAAAUCCGUCUCCUCGCUUCCGGUGCGCGCAGACCUCUGACGUCACUUUCCCGCGUCGCUCACAGAGUACGUCCAGCGUCUCAGUGAGAGCUCACGAACGGCUCCGUUCGGUGUUUACAACAACUGUAAGUCCUCAUAACUGUUCGAUUAAGCAACUGGUCGCAUGGGGGUUUUCUACAGGGGGGGGGUUGCCAUUCGUUUUCUUACAGCUGUUACAUGUUCUGUCACUUACAGAGAAAGAAGAAGUGACUUUAUAAGGGUUUAUUUAACUAAAGUUACUCUUGAUUACGGUGCUUGGAGUCCUCUGGCUGAUAUGUUUAUUCCAAAAUAAACUGACCUAUGUCUGAUUCAGUCUACUAUUGCACUGUUGUGAAAAAGGGGCAUAUCAAUUACAAUUCGUAUCGUCCUGUUUCUUUCUACUUAGAAUGUACAUGUAUUUGUUUCUUCGUUAUACUGUUAUGUUACUUACUUUAUACGUGUCAUAGGAAACCAUUUACAUUUAUUAUGUGUACAAGGCAUGCCAUGCUGGCUAUUAACACAUGCAGUUUUAGAAUCUUUCAAUCUAGAAAUGUGCUCUCCCAGUAUGCCUAAUAGCCACCGUUGGCUGUUUUCAUACUUCUACCCCUCCAUUAAUGAAAGCGUUAAACAAGGAUUAUGUAUUGGGUAGAGUUUAACAAAAAAAAAACAAAAAAAAAACUUGCUCAUUAAUUUAAUCAUAAAACUACCCAGUUAUUCAUCUUACUACGAAUUGGUAUUACGUACGCUGUUUAUAAACAAUUCUUUCCUUUCUAGGAAUUCAAUUUCGUCAUUCAGUACUACCAAUUUACGCAGGUUUUCACGUUCACGGUCCGGUUAGUGAAAAAAAAUAAAAAUAAAAAAAUAAAAAACAUUUUUAGCAAGUCCGCCUAGUUUACGCCUCCCAUUUGUUUUUUUUGUUUGCAAUAGGUGAUUCAGCUCGGGUAAAAAAAAAAAAAAAAAAAAAUAUAUACCACCCGACCAUACAAACUCAUUAGUGCGACUCAAGUACGUACCAAGUUCGCAUACAGGUAAGGAUAACGAACGUUUAUUUAUUUCUUUUUCGUACGUAUCGUCCCUCGUAGUUUAGGUGGCUGGCUGUUAAGGUCAUAGCAACCCAGUAGUGUUAAAUAUCAUCCCGGCUCUCUCGCCUUAAAAUAGUGGUCCCGCGAGGCCAACACCCAUCCUCAAUUCAGAGGUACUACGUCCCUCGGGCCAAUCCAUAGGUAGCCGCCUCGCACGUGGCAUAGAGAGGGCCUCACCUGUCACUCCCAUUCUAUCUUAUGACUACUACUCAUCGAGAGGCCAACACCCCGCCACAACGUUCGGUGGCCACGAAAUUCCCUCGCGCCAACUCAUAGAUAGAGCCUCUCAAGCCGCUUGGCACUUAGCAGGGCCUCACCAGUCACCGGCUUAGUGUAAUUGCUUCGCCGCAGAGCGGCACUAGCUAGUCAGCCAGCACACUCUUAAAAAAAAAAAAAAGUUAUUUCCUAACAUAACAUCUCUUUUUCACGCCCAUAGCAUGUCUAACGAGUCAGUUCAAGAAGAAGACCUGUCACUUGCCAGCACUCCCUCCAGACCUGGCAGUCAGCCAAGACAGUCCAGUGCGAUGUCCAACUACAGAUCCUGGACUGUCCCAAAAAUCACUGCUGAACUGAAUAAAAGGAACAUUCCUUUUCCGGCUACAGCCAGAAAAGCUGAACUUUUCCGCUUAUUAAACUCGCAAGACGUAGAGUUACCAGGCCCCAGUUCCAAUGCUACGAUCCAAAAUAGCUUGUCAGAAUUACGUAAUAUGAUGACCUCCCUGGUGGCUUCAGUAGCUACCAUAAAUAAUAGAUUAGAUAAUCUGGAAACCUCUUGUCAAGCUAGCAUUCCGGAAGUACAAGUCCCACUAGGACAUCCAGAAACAAGCUCAGGAGGUAACUCCAAUCCAUUCCCUGCUAAAACAUCUAAUAUAAUCAACCCAGUAUAUUUGAUACCACAAAACUUAAAAAGAGAUAUACUAGAAGGGAAAGAUGUUAAUCUAGCCUCUCUCCUCAUUGCCUCACAGGAUAUAAUCGAAAAUAGAGCCUAUACUUUCGGCGAUAUAUCCGUGGUAAUGAAAACUAGAGAUCCUAGGCUCAACAAAAAACUUAAUAUUCCCGAGUUUGUACUAGCCUUUGGCCUAUAUAGAGACGUAAUUUGCACUGCCUUCCCACACCGUAGAGAAGAGUUGGAUCUAUAUCUGCACAAACUGGUGGAGUUAGCCUAUAAAUACGGGGGGUACGCGUUUUACGACUACCAUAAGUCCUUUGCUGCCAAGUCAGCUGCAUCAUUGGCCCAGUUCAACACCCCCACCGAUUGGAGUCAAUUGGAUACAGAAUUAUUCUGUAGACAUUUUGCCGGGCUUAAAACACCAGCAUGUGCAAUAUGUGCCUCAGCGUCUCAUACGGCAAAUUUCUGUCCAAAUAAUAUAAGUGGUCCGUCUAAUAGUAGUACCAGUCCGGAUUAUUUCCCUAAUCAAAGGGAAAUAAAAGAUAAGUUGGGGAGACCUAUAGUAUUUCUCGGGAAAGCUCAAGUCUGUAACAACUUUAACGCAGGAGGCUGUAGUUACAGCGCUUGUAGAUUGCUUCAUGUUUGCUCAAUCUGUUUCAGAGCACAUGCGAAAACCAUGUGUCCAAACAAACUGUUCCCUAAAAAAGCUAUGACCCCAAUAAACGUAAACAAUUUACAACGUUACCUGACUGUACAUCCUUCUUCCUACUUGACAGACUUUCUCGUAUCAGGUUUCACGACAGGCUUUCACACAGGUUUGGUAGCACUCCCUUCAGGCAUACUAGAAUGCCCCAACCUACAAUCAGCUGUUACAGACCCAGUCACUUUAACGGAUCUCCUCAAUAAAGAAAUUGAACUUGGUUUCAUGAUAGGUCCCUUUACUACUCCACCCUUCACCUCCUGGAGAACCAGUCCACUCGGUAUAGCCACGGGCAAGUUUAACAAUAAAAAGAGGUUAAUAAUCGACUUUUCAGCACCUCAUACUUCCACAGCCCCAAGCUUAAAUUCUCUCAUACCGUCAGAAGACUUUUCACUGCAGUAUGCAAAAAUAGACGACGCCAUACAAGCUAUCAUCAAUUCGGGCGAGGCAGCCUGGUUGAGCAAAACAGAUAUUUCAAACGCUUUCAAACUCUUACCAAUUAAACAGUCACUCUGGCACCUUCAUGGUGUUAAGUGGGAAGGGAAAUACUAUUUUGCAACCAGGCUGACCUUCGGCUCCAAAAGUAGCCCAAAAAUCUUCGAUAUAUUCGCAGAAACCUUAAACUGGCUGCUACUAAACAAUUCCAGAUGCCCAGUAGUAAUUCACUACCUCGAUGACUUUUUAUAUAUCGAGCCUAGCUACUACACGCCACAUAGUCUAAAUAAUGCACUAUCCCUAUUUAAUGACUUAGGAGUCCCGGUAGCUCCAAACAAAACAGAGGGUCCCAGUACAGAAAUAACUUUCUUAGGCAUCACUCUUAAUUCCGCGUCUAUGCAAGCUAGCCUCCCUCAGACGAAAGUAGACAGAAUUCUUACUAACAUUCACAACUGCACCAACCAAGGGUCUUGUACCAGGAAAGAGUUACAGUCGCUUUUGGGUUCCCUUAACUUCGCCAUGAGAAUUGUCCCUCAAGGCAGGUCUUUCAUCUCUAGGCUUCUGUCUCUCCUACACGGCCUCCCUGACGACGGCACUAGAAUUAGUCUAGAUAAUCCUGCGAGGGCCGACCUUAAUAUGUGGGAACUGUUUUUAACAACUUGGAACGGUAGGUCACUUUUUAUUCCCCCCAUAUCAGAUGAGUCCCCGGUUAUCUGGACAGACGCAGCAGCUACCACCGGGUACGCUGCAAUAUUUGAGGACGAAUGGGUGUACGACAGUUGGCCACCCGAAACAGUUACCCUAGAGAAUUUCGACAAAACCUCUGCAUUCUUUGAAAUUUUCCCAAUAGUAGCGGCAGCUCUCAUCUGGGGAAAUCAUUGGAGGGGGAAAGCAGUGAAAUGUUACUCUGAUAACCAAGCAGCAUGCGACAUAAUUAACAAGGGCCGUUCUCAGUCCCUACCAAUCAUGAGUCUCGUAAGGAAACUUACUUGGUUGGCUGCAAAUUUACAGUUCUAUAUGCAUUGUAUCCAUGUCCCUGGUGUUUUAAAUAACGCAGCUGAUGCUUUGUCUCGUUUUAAUUUGCAGGAAUUCUUCAAACUACACCCUACAGCAAACAAACACUCCAUAAAUCCCCCACAAUUCAAAGACCUAAUCAUGCUCUAAAUCAAUUAUUAGAACAUAGUAGAAUUCUGGCACAGGCAGCCUUGUCGGAAAACACAAAAAAAGCUUACGAUAGGGCAUUUGACCUGUUCAAAAAAUUUGUAUGAGAUUUCAAUAUAAUAAACUGUUUUUCUGUAGAAACUAUGGUUGCAUUCUCAACUUUUUGCCACCUCUCAUUAAAACUAGCCUACAAUACCAUAAAACUUUAUUUAACAGGAGUACAACAUUUCAUGCUAAUUCUUUUCCCGAACAAGUCCCCUUUUUGUCCACAUACCCUGUUAAAAGUAUACUAAAAGGUAUCCAGAGACAAAAGGCACAUGUAGCCCUGAAAAGACUCCCCAUAGACAGUAACCUCUUUAAAGAUAUCUCCAAUCUAUUAGAUAAAAAUCCUUUUGAAUAUAACACUAACCUAGUAAUUAAGACAGCAGCGUAUCUGGCCUUUUUUGGGUUCCUCAGACCUAAAGAAUUUUCAGUAGAGAAAAUAUCCGAGACAAAAAAUUGUCUCAAACAAGGAAACCUAACUAGAGUACAUGAUCAUUUCAUAUUAUCUAUUCCCCGCACAAAAACUAACCAAUCAGGUCCCCCAGUAGACAUUAAAUACUUUCCUACCGGUUCCAUCUGGUGCCCAGUACAAGUACUAGAUAAGUUCAUACUGAGUCAACGAGUUAAAAAUCCAGAUUUGCCACUGUUGACCCUACAAGGUAAGCCUCUCACCACUAAACAAUUCAUGCUAUACAUCCGCGCUUUACUCCUCAGAAUAGGCCUCAAUCCUAACUCCUUCACGGGACACUCAUUCCGCAUUGGAGCAGCCACAACAGCCUCAAGUAGUCAAGUGCCAACACAUAUUAUAAAGAAAAUGGGCCGCUGGAAAUCCUCCGCGUAUAACCAGUACAUUCCAAACCCGGAGAAAGAGAUCAGACUUGCUUUUUGUAACAUGUCUAAAUAAUGUUGUGUUAAAUAAAUGUUUGUUUCUCUUAUUUUUGCCCUCUUUUUUACAGGCCUAACCUCUCGUCGGUUUCGGCACACCUCAACCGACUCUCAUUUUCAAAAACAUAACUCUCCAUUUUAAGUAUACGCCCCCUUUUAUAAUCCCGUACACAAAUAGAAGGCGUAUCCCUGUAAUUGUGGGAGGGAUUUAGGCCUAUUUAAGCCCAGGGAACCCUCACUUACCUGUCUUCGUCGGUUCCGGAAAUCCCCUCCCUCCACACCCUUUUUAAAUAUCAAUAAUUCAGGGUGGGCCCUCUUUUUUACAGGCCUAACCUCUCGUCGGUUUCGGCACACCUCAACCGACUCUCAUUUUCAAAAACAUAACUCUCCAUUUUAAGUAUACGCCUCCUUUUAUAAUCCCGUACACAAAUAUAUAUAUAUAUAUAUAAAAUGUAAGAAGUUUAAAUGAUAUUCUAGAAGUAUGGAAUAUAAUUUAAAAAAUACAUAUAGAAAAUGCAAUAGGUUGAUUGUCACUUAACUAGAAUCAUUCAUAGAAAAUAUUAAACUGGAUAAUUGUAAGAGUAAAGGUAUUGAAAUAAUAAAUGAUAUGACUGAGGAUAACAUUCAAAUCCUUCCCUAAACAUGUAAACAAAUACAAUAUAUCCAAUUAGGAAAUAUUUAAUUACUUUGGGUGGGAGGUUUCCUAACAAAACACCUUUAUAAAGGUAGAUCUGAUGCAAUAAAAGAUUUAUAUAUCUGAAUGAAGCAAGAUCACUAUAAGGGUUUUAUAUCAAAAUACACUCAGAUCAUCUAUUGGCUAUCAAAAGAUGGGAACAAGAUCUCACAAAUAAAAAGAACAGGAGUCAGCCACACUAAUUAAUUAUAUAUAAAUAUAUACAUUGCCUUAAUUUUAGAUAAACCCAAUACAAAUGAUAUAAUAUAUGGGAUUGGGUACCAACAAGAUUAGAGAUAAUCCUAUAGAGGUAGAUAAUUGUUGCUGGAGUUGUGGUAAAAAAACACGGGAAGUUUGAUAAGCAUUUGGUGGACUUGCCCAUUAAUUACAAGAGUCUGGAAACAGACAUUUAAGCUUAAUUUUUUUUUUGGUCAAUCUUUCUUUUAUUGAGGUGUAAAGUUGCAAGGGUACAGAAUGAAGAAGGGGAGAAGAUAAAGAUGCAUACAAGUUGGGAUUGGUACAGCACAAUAUAUAUAAUCUGUGAAAAUUGUCAGCCUCUUUUAAUAUUAUUUAAGUAGAUUAAUGGCAUGCACGUAACUGUAUUGUAUAAUUAAUAAAAUAAUACUGAAACUACGCUUUUGAAAAAUACGAUUAGUGUGAAAGCAAAAUGCUAGUUGUUAAAACAUGCUAAUGCAGUUAAACUAUUGAACAAUUGAGUGUUUAAAGACAUGUGAAGCUGCCGCGCCUUGACUGUGUGUGAACAUAGAGAAAUCAGUGUCUUAAAUAGGUUGGUGUUUUCUUAACUACCUUUCCUAUGACCCAUGUGUGAUGGCUUGCUAGGUGUCGUGAGUGUGGGUAAAUGCAUAGGUAUUGUGUUGUGUUAAGGGAAUCUUUGUAGGUAAGAUUAAGUCUCCGGCAUGUCAGACAUUGGGUAUGGUAUGCAAAAAGUUAACAUUUAACAGGUAACAUGGGGAGCGUGUCCACUUAAUAGGAGCCCACUGGGUAGCGUCCAUUAAAAUGUUGCGGCAUGGGUCUUAUAAUGCUCACAGCCGGGAUCUUUUCUGUCAGGUCUGUGAGGCAGAGAGUCAAUAAUCAGCUGAUACCCCUGCUGGGCAAGGUGGCACUUUCGGCUAAGAGAGUCCACAUGGGGGCAGCAGGAUGCUGGUACUUGACGGCUGUCUGCCACCCCCAGGUCGUUAUGAAGGCUUGCACCAGCAGUCCACUGACUCGGUGUGGCCGGGCAUUACCUCUGUCGGGCGCCGUGGGGAGCUUGGAGGUUCUGCCGCCGACCCUGGCAGCCAAGCCUCCGGCGGUGUGGUCGGUGCCUUGGAGAUUUGCUCCGUGUGGUCUUUGGCCUGGGAAGGCAUGUAAGACGGCCACAGCUUGCAUUGAUGUUCCAUCCUGACUGAGCUGCACUACCUGAGCCACUUGUGUGGGUUGUAGACUCCGUCUCAUGCUACCACUAGAGUGAAAGCACCGCCAGCAUUCAAAAGUGACCAAAACAUCAGCCAGGAAGCAUAGGAACUGAGAAGUGGUCUGUGGUCACCACCUGCAGAACCACUCAUUUAUUGGGGGUGUCUUGCUAAUUGCCUAUAAUUUUCACCUGUUGUCUAUCCCAUUUGCACAACAGCAUGUGAAAUUGAUUGUCACUCAGUGUUGCUUCCUAAGUUUGAUUUCACAGAAGUGUGAUUGACUUGAAGUUACAUUGUGUUGUUUAAGUGUUCCCUUUAUUUUUUUGAGCAGUGUAGUAUGGUUCUGCGUGUGAAGGAAGUACAGCCAAGGUUCCCAGAUUUUGGUAUAGCAUUUGUAUUUGUGAGAGAAGGAGUAGGUAAGUUCUUCCAUUAUUCUGUUGGAUUCUACUUUCUGAAUCCAUUGCCUGAUUGUGGGGGGUGAGGUGUGUUUCCAUUUAAUGGAGAUCAAUAGGUUGGCAGUUGUUUUUGUUAUUAGCAAGCGUUAAUGCUUGACUAUUGGGGACUAUUUGGGAAGCAUAGCUUCAGGCGUUUUCGGGAAUGUGGAUUCCUGUAAUCGUGUGUAUUAAUGAUUUCAUUUUUCCCCAGUAUUCUUGUAGAGUGGGGCAUGUCCACCAAAUCUGCCCUGGUGCCCCAAGGUUUGUCUGCACCUCCAGCAUGUGUUAGGUGA